GGUGCUGUCUGUUUCCUUUAGGCUGCCUGAGCGACAUGUUAGGAGGGGAGCGGGCGGCGGCGGUGUGUGCGCGGCGGGACCGAGCAAGCCCAGGAGCCCGCGCUGACAGGACUAGUAUGGGCUCCCCCGCGACCUAUUGAGAAGACAGAAGACGCAGGACAGGCCCCCUCUUCCCCCGAGCCGCCCGGGGUGUUUUGGAGGGUGGGAAGCAGGAGGACGGUGACGGAGCUCAGGGCCGGGACAAGAUGGCAGCGGCCGGCGCGAGCUGAGCAUGCAGAGGGGCCCCGCACACUGCCUGACAUGUCCGGCACAGCCCUGCACGCUGCACCUCCUGCUGCUCUAUGAAGGUAUGGCCUCACAAGUUUUGGUAUACCCACCAUAUGUUUAUCAAACUCAGUCAAGUGCCUUUUGUAGUGUGAAGAAACUGAAAGUUGAACCAAGCAGUUGUGUGUACAGCAAGAGGAGCUAUCCACGCACCGACCUGAAUGCUAGAAACCUUGGAUUUGCACAUCCAAACAAGAGUAGGGCUCCUUUGCAGACAAAAAAUCAUUUCGACAGACCUCGCCAGCAGACUGCGGCUUCCCAGACCAGCACAGUCGCAUUAAAAACCAACGCAGGUGCUCCAGGGGACCCAGCAGCGCGGGCGCAGCCAGAUCCGAAAGAGACACCCGUAGUUGGAUCACCGGAUUGUGCUUCAGAUUUGCUGGACACACAUCAGCGAUGUGGAUUGAAGCGUAAGAGUGAAGAUUUGGAAAUUCAAGGUGGCACCAUGCAAAUUGUCGAGGAGUUGUCCGUGCUGCCUGCUAUGCUGCCAGGCAAUGCAGCAAACCCAGUAACUGUUGUGGCAACCACAGGAGCCUCUAAACCGAACGGAGCUAACGUGGAUGGAGACUAUCAGUUGGUACAGCAUGAGGUGUUGUGUUCAGUUAAAAAUACUUAUGAAGUACUUGAUUUUUUGGGUAGGGGAACCUUCGGACAGGUAGUCAAGUGCUGGAAAAGGGGGACAAAUGAAGUUGUGGCGGUUAAGAUUUUGAAAAACCAUCCUUCAUAUGCACGCCAAGGGCAGAUAGAGGUGGGCAUCCUUGCCAGGCUGAGCAACGAGAACGCGGAUGAGUUUAACUUUGUGCGUGCGUACGAGUGUUUCCAACAUCGGAACCACACCUGCUUGGUUUUUGAGAUGUUGGAACAGAACUUAUAUGACUUCUUAAAGCAAAACAAAUUCAGCCCCCUGCCCCUGAAAGUUAUACGGGCCAUCCUACAGCAGGUGGCUACUGCACUGAAAAAGCUGAAAAGUCUUGGUUUAAUUCACGCUGACCUCAAACCCGAAAACAUCAUGCUGGUGGAUCCUGUAAGACAGCCGUACAGGGUGAAAGUAAUAGACUUUGGCUCUGCUAGCCAUAUAUCAAAGACUGUUUGCUCAACGUAUUUGCAGUCUCGCUACUACAGAGCUCCUGAGAUCAUUUUGGGGUUGCCCUUUUGUGAAGCCAUAGACAUGUGGUCGCUGGGAUGUGUGAUUGCUGAGCUGUUCUUAGGAUGGCCUCUCUACCCAGGAGCACUGGAGUAUGACCAGAUCCGAUACAUUUCCCAAACUCAAGGGUUCCUGGGAGAUCACCUACUAAAUGUGGGUACGAAAACAUCCAGGUUCUUUCGUCGUGAUCCAGAUGCUCAAUACCCCGGCUGGAAAUUAAAAACCUUGGAAGACCAUGAAGCAGAGACAGGGAUGAAGUCUAAGGAAGCCAGGAAGUAUAUUUUCAACAGUUUGGAAGAUAUAGUGCAUGUGAACAUGGUGAUGGAUCUGGAUGGUAGUGACUUGGUGGCCGAAAAAGCAGAUAGGAGAGAGUUUGUGGGCCUGUUGAAGAAAAUGUUGAUGAUUGACGCAGAUGCAAGAAUCAGCCCAGCGGAAUCCCUUAACCACAACUUUGUUACCAUGAAACACCUCCUAGAUUUCCCCCACAGCAACCAUGUGAAAUCUUGUUUCCAUAUCAUGGAUGUCUGCAAGUCACGUCCCAGCUUGGGUGACACAGUUAAUCGCAAUAAAACAUCAGUCAUGAGACCGGUGGCCUCCGCCAACGCAGCUAACAUUUCAGCCGGUUUCUCCAAGCUUGGCAACGUCAGGGGUCAGGCUUUAACCACAUCAGGCCAUACAGUUAUACAUCAUGGGAUACCAGUGCAGGCUGGAGCUGCCCCAUUUGGUUGUAAUGACGCUUUUCAGCAAACAUUAAUCCUUUGUCCCCCAACCCUUCAAGGAAUGCCACCAAACCACGGCAAACCCACAAGUUACUCAGUGAGACUGGACAACACUAUGCCCCUAGUCACACAAGCCCCCGCCAUUCAACCCUUGCAGCUCAGACCUGGUGUUCUCUCACAGCAGUAUCCCUUUCAGCAAACCUGGUCAAAUGGAUCACAGCCCAUAUUGGUUCCUGCAUGGCAACAAGUGACGACCGUAGUAGCACCAACAACAACAACGCUUGCCUCUGAUAGCAUGGCUGGACCACAGAGACUUGGCGACUGGGGGAAAGUAAUUCACCAUGGGAACCAUUACAGUUCAAUGAUCCUACAGCCUCUUUUAACCAACCAAAUGACACUGUCGGCUCCUCAGCCCAUCAGUUUAGGCAUUGCACAUGUGGUGUGGCCUCAGCCUGCUGCUAACAAAAGGAAUAAGCUUUGUCAGAACAGGAGUAACACAAUACAGGACCAUGUUGUCCAUAAUAAAGCACUUACCUCUCCAAAGAUCUCAAACAGCGCAAAGACCACAGAACCUGCAAGUUGUACGUUACCAGAAGACAAUCAGAACUCAGAGGAGCAGGAGGUUGGCGUAUGUAAGGCCUCUGAAGGGGCGGCACUGGAUGUAUCCAAUCAACAAAGGCAAACCAUAGUUAUAGCUGAUUCACCCAGCCCUACAGUGAGUGUCAUUACCAUCAGCAGUGACACAGAUGAGGAGGAUUCUUCACAGACACACUCCCUGAGAGAGUGUAAAGGAAGCCUGGAUUGUGAGGCCUGUCAGAGUACUCUGAACAUUGAUCGAGUGUGUUCCCUGAGCAGUCCGGACAGCACCCUGAGCACAAGCUCCUCUGGCCAGUCCAGCCCAUCCCCCUGCAAAAGACCCAACAGUAUGUCUGAUGAUGAACCUGAAAGUGGUUGUGAUACUGUCGAUGGAUCCCCAAGCUCUGAUUCCUCUGGCCAUGAUAGUCCAUUUGUGAAGAGCAGCUUUGUCACGGACACCAAUGAGAACUCAGAAAAGCGGGCAUCAGAAAAAGCAGAGAGUAAACCUGCAGUGUGUACAUUAGUAGUUCCACCUAUCAGGAUUGAAAACCGCAGGGACAACUCACACAGGGCCACAAACAAAGAUGCAGCUAGCCAUCCCCUAAUAAAAGGCAGGUCAGCCCCAGGGAGAAAAAACCACCUCACAGCCCUCGGCAACCGCCAGCAGAAACUUGCAUCAGCAUUCCAGCAGCAACAGCCUCUGAGUUUCAGCCAGGUACACCAUUUUGGAUCUGGGCAUCAAGAAUGGAAUGGAAACUAUGGGCACAGAAGACAGCAGGCAUUCAUUACACCCACUGUCACCAGUCAUCCCUUCACCCUCCAACACGGAAGCCCAAAUCACAGCGCAGUACAUGCUCACAUGGGGGGCCAGCCCACCAUCCUAUCUUACGCGCCCUCCGGUUCACUGAGCACUGGGGCACCUGUGGCCCACCUCCUGGCCUCGCCGUGUACCGCAAGACCAAUCUUACAACACCCGGCCUACAACUUCUCCCACCCCAGUGGCAUCAUCCACCAGGUCGCCGUAGGAAUCAACCCCCGUCUUCUACCUUCACCUACUAUCCACCAGACUCAGUACAAACCAAUUUUCCCAUCCCACUCGUACUUCGCCGCAUCGCCUGCCUACACGGCAUUUCCCAUGAGCCCCACAAAACUCAACCAGUAUCCGUACAUGUGAGAAACUCAACAACCUACAUGUAGAGGAGAAGCUCAAAGAUUCAAACCUUUUGUUUGAAGCAGAACACAAGAACAUGGCUUUUGAUAAAAAAAAAAGAUGAAAAAAAAAAUCCGCCAUGGCACAAGAAGAAAAGAAAAAAUAUUUUUUGAAUCACGUAGACUUGGGUGCAAUUUAAAACAAUCUUGAGCUUUAAAAAAAAAUUGGGAAAAAAAAAAUCACUUUUAAUGUGUUUUGCACAUUUGGUAUACCUUGUCUCUAGUCCUGUUCUCUUCUAUUGUAACUCUAGACAGGUGACUUACAGGGGAGAGUUCACUCUCUCCUGAUAUAUUUUUUAUACAAUUGCCUUCUAACUAGUGCAAGACACGUCUUUUUUGGGAAGCCAUUCAACGUACAGGUUUAGCGCAACAAAUGCACAUAUCGUCAGCAGUACAGUGUACUCGUGUCAAUUGUUUGUUAAUGUAUGUCUUGGUGUUUCAGUGUUGGGUCACUUGGCUACUGAGUUGAUGUUCACAUUGCAUGUGUCUUUUGCAUGGGCAGAAGAAAAAAAAAAAAGAAAAAAGAAAAACGUUGCCUAGACUGUGCUCUUCAAUGUUGUCGUCCUAAUAAUCAGCUGCAUUGUAUACUGUUCCCACACAUAGUGCCUUAAAUAUUUGAGGUUGUUAAUGUUAUUACUUAAUAUAUUAAUGUCAAGUUCAGCACUUAAUCUUGGAAUUUGCUGGUUAUAUAAAUAUCUAUUUUUUUUUUUCCGAAUAACUCAAGUCUUGGCUCAGUUAGGGGGUUGUUCAUUUGUUUUGUUUGGUUGUGUGGUAUGCUCAUGAGGUGUAGGUGUUUCCUUACCUACAGAACAGCAUGUUGAUUUUUUUUCUUUUUUUCUUUUUUUUUGCGUAGAUGAGUUUUUGUCUGUUUUUAUUUUAUUUUUAUUUUUGUUUUAGUUAUUUAGCCUCACGUAGCCUGAAAACGCUUUUAAGAUUAUUUUUUUUUGGUCUCGAUUUUUAGGAUUAAUGCUAGCUGCACGUUUUGUUGGUAAUCACUUAAUCACGACAGAAACUGCAAUAUUGUCUAAGUGGAUCCUUCAUUAUUAUUAUUAUUAUUAUUAUUUUUUUUUUGGUGUCACGGCAUUUGUCCAAAUGGCUGGGUUUUUUAUAGUAUCUUGCCGAUAUAGUUGGCGUGAUUUUUCGACAGCCGGUGUUCUAAAUUCCUUUUAGUGUCAGCGGACGCUGCACCAUCUUGCAGUGCAAUAUUUUGCAGGCCUGUCCAUUGCUGAAGAGGAUAACACCAUGACCGCAGUUGGGCAAAACCGUUCAGUAUUUAAUGAAUUGUAUCAAGGACUAUUUACUAUAGAAGUUUGAUAAGAUGUGAGGUUUUUACUUCGUGUGCAAUUUUUAGCUUUUCAUUUUAAGCAUGUGUCAGUUUUUAAGGCCUAUUUUACACAAUAUUUUAUUUAGUUUUUUUUUUUUUUUUUGAGUGAUGACUGCUUAUUUAAUACAUUCCGUCAGGGACACGAAAUUUUUUGCAUAUUUCAAGACAUUUAUUUUUCUUUUUCAAUUUCUGAAGAAAAAAAAAAACGUGCAUCGUCCAUAUCCAGUUAAUUUAUCAGCACCAAAGACUUUGAAAUCAUCCAUUUUCUUUUAAUGAAAUUAAACAAAAGAUCUAUAUAAACUAAAGGUAGCUAAGUUUUUUGCAUAGACCUGAAUUAUACUGUAGUCUAGUGGUGGGCUUUAAGAAAAGGUAUUAUGACUAAUGUUUUUUAGCUUUGGGCAAGUAAUAAAACUUAUCAUUUAUCUUGAAUGUAUAAUAGAUGAGCUGCUAUAUGUAACAGACGCCACUUUUUUGAUAGCUGUGAAUUUUAGCUUCAUAUCCCGUUAAUAGCCGCCUUACUCCUGUUUUAAGUCUAAUGAUAUAUAUAAAGUAUAGUGGGGGGUUUUUUUUCUCCUGAUUUAUUAUUAUUUUUUAAUUUUAAUUUGCAUUUAAUGUUUUGGUGUGUCCUUUGUAACUACUGUAUUGUAAAUUAUGGAUCCUAAUUGCAUAUGUUAUUUUUUGGGGUGUGUGUAUUGCAUCAGUAUUCUAUAUAUCUUCAUAAAUUUGAGCUCAUUACUGCAUAUAAAUGGGUGUAUUAAUGUAAGUUAUUUUUUAAUGUUUUCAUAUUGCUGUUGUGUAUACCUUUUAAGAGAAAAAAAAUGUAUCUUGCA